AUGCGGGAAAUUGGUAAUUUUCCCGAAAGUGACAUUUAUAGAGACAAUGCCAUUUCAAAGCAAUAUGACAUGUUUAAACAAAAAAUGACAAGAGAAUACACGAAAAAAGCUUGUAUUGAAUGUUCAAGAUCAAAGAGAAAAUGUAAAUCUGAUACCUUGAAUCAGACAUGUCAAAGAUGUAUUAAGGAAAAAUUGAAUUGUAUUUAUCCUAAUAAACAGAAAAAACGUGGACCAAAACCAAAUAAUUCUAAAAAAAAAAGGGAUUCGGAAAUAAAACGCGUUUUAAAAUCCAUUGUUGAAUCCAAUUACGAACUGGUUAAAGAUAACAAUAACGAUAAAAUGUAUUUGAGAUUUGAAGUUACACCAGAACAACUUUCAAAAUUGCAAGGAAAUGAGCAAAAUUCUACAUCGAAUACACCUAUUCAACCCUCUGCCGCCGUUUCCCCAUCUAAUGACAUCACUUCAAAUAAUAGAACCGACGACUUUACCCCUUGGAAUUGUUAUUCCUUGACUGAUAACGAUGUCAAUGGCAUUCAAGGAAAUUUUUCUACUGGAUCGGGAUAUGAUUUUCAAUCACCCUUGCCUUUUAACGUUCCUACCGAUCCAUAUCAAUCGAUUUACACAAUAUACCACCAAUAG